CGAAUACAUAUUAUUAUACACUAGUCACUUCUCUAUAUACACUACACAAUAGUUUGUAGUGAGUAUCUUCAAAGUUCAAAGUAGUGAAUGUCUACAAACGAUUAACAAUACGUUUGUUGAUGAUUUUACAUUAGUUUGUAAUUUUAAAUCGUAACAGUUACCUACAAUACAGUUAAAAAGUCAUGGAUCGUCUAUUGAGGUUGGGCGGUGGUAUUCCUUUGGGACAAGGGUCGGCGCCUGCUGCCGAUACUCCCGUUGUAGAUACUGCUGAACAAGUGUAUGUGUCGUCGUUGGCCUUAUUAAAAAUGUUAAAACACGGCCGUGCUGGAGUUCCUAUGGAAGUCAUGGGCUUGAUGUUAGGUGAAUUUGUGGACGAUUACACCGUACGCGUUAUUGAUGUAUUUGCAAUGCCCCAAACUGGAACUGGUGUAAGUGUUGAAGCUGUAGAUCCAGUAUUUCAAGCAAAGAUGUUGGAUAUGUUGAAACAAACUGGCAGGCCGGAAAUGGUUGUAGGAUGGUAUCAUUCACAUCCAGGGUUUGGCUGCUGGUUGUCUGGUGUAGAUAUUAAUACACAACAAAGUUUUGAAGCCCUCUCUGAAAGAGCUGUUGCUGUUGUAGUGGACCCAAUUCAAAGUGUUAAAGGAAAGGUAGUUAUUGAUGCCUUCCGUUUAAUUAACCCCAAUAUGAUGGUACUUGGUCAAGAGCCAAGACAAACUACUAGCAACUUAGGACAUUUACAAAAACCUUCAGUUCAAGCUCUAAUUCAUGGUCUUAAUCGUCAUUAUUAUUCCAUUUCAAUAAACUACCGGAAAAAUGAACUCGAACAAAAAAUGUUACUGAAUCUACAUAAAAAAUCAUGGAUGGAUGGAAUGGCACUUGAAGAUUACGAAAAACACUGUGACACCAACCGAUCAACAGUUAAAGAAAUGCUAGAAUUAGCUAAGAGUUACAAUAAAGCUUUGGAAGACGAGGAUAAAAUGACACCAGAACAAUUGGCCAUCAAAAAUGUAGGCAAACAAGAUCCUAAGAGGCAUUUGGAAGAAAAAGUUGAUAACUUAAUGUCUGGAAAUAUUGUUCAGUGUUUGGGUUCUAUGUUGGAUACUGUAGUAUUUAAAUAA